GCGUGGCCUAGGCAUUUUUCAGUAAUCCAAAAUGGCAGCAUCCAUGGCGUCUUCUUCUCUUGCGGGUAAAGUUGCUAUCAUCACAGGAGCCAGCUCAGGGAUAGGAGCAGCAACAAGCAUCCUCUUUUCUCGGCUUGGAUCAAAGCUAGUCCUAGCAGGUCGAAAGGAGGAUAACUUGAAGAGGACGAGAGAUGCGUGCAUGCAGACAGGAGACGAGGAGCCUCUUCUGGUCGUCGGGGAGCUGAGAGAUGGUUCAUACAGAGAAAACCUUGUGGAGCGGACGGUGGAGAAGUAUGGAAAGCUGGAUAUUUUGGUCAACAAUGCUGGGAUUAUAUCUCUAGGAUCUAUUGAGAACAGUACAAUGGAGAAUUACGACACCAUGAUGGAUAUUAAUGUUCGGUCUGUGUUCCAUCUGACAUCAUUAGCAGUACCUCACCUCAUUGACACCAGAGGAAACGUAGUAAAUGUAUCCAGUGUGAAUGGUCUACGAGCAUUUGCAGGAGUUUUGAGUUACUGCAUGUCAAAGGCCGCUUUGGACCAGUUUACAAGAUGUGCUGCACUGGAUCUGGCCCCUAAAGGAGUGAGGGUGAAUUCUGUUAACCCUGGAGUAACAAUAACUGAACUGCAGAAGAGAGGGGGUCUAAGUGAUGAAGCCUAUGCAAAUUUCUUGGAGAGGAGUAAGAUGACGCACGCCCUCGGCCGCCCAGGAGAAGCCAGUGAGAUUGCGGAGAGCAUUGCUUUCCUAGCGUCGGAUGCAUCGUCAUUCAUUACUGGAGCCACCUUGCCAGUAGAUGGCGGCAGACACGCCAUGUGCCCAAGAUAAGAGUUACAUGUUUACGUGAUUGUAACGAUCCAUGUCCAUUCAUCAUCAUUCAAAUCGGUCAGCAUUUUCCCUUUUAAAAAGGGUUAUUAUUGACUCUAACUCCCUGAUUACACUCUCUAUUUGCACUUCUUUCCGUCUUGUGCAUCCUCCUCGUUCAGACCUACCUUACUGCUUUCCUUCUUCACCAUAUCUUUCCAUGUAACCUUUGGUCUUCCAUUUUCUCUUAUGCCGUCUUCUGCUCAUGCCAUCCACUGUAACAAUUAAUUUAUUCAUGAUAUAAAAAUGUAUGUGUAAUAUGCGUCUUCAGUCAUUGCUGGAGCCAUCUUGCCAGUAGAUGGCGGCAGACAUAUUUUCCCAAGAUAAGGCUUGUAUGUUCAUGUGAUCAUUAUGACAAAGCAAUUCAUGUUAUUAAUGGAAUAAUAGGCCUAUGUGUCACCCAUUACUAUUGCCAUCUUGCCAGUAGAUGGCGGCAGACAUGAUAUUCGCCUAUUAUGUAUGUUCAUGUGUUUAUAAUGACUGAUCCAUUCAUGACAUCAAUCGAAUAGUAUGUGUCAUUCAUUACUGGAACCAUCUUGCCAGUAGAUGGCAGCAGACAUGAUAUGUGCCAAACACAAGGGUAAUAUGUUUAUGCCAUUAUAAUGAUUACUCAAUUCAUGAUUUUGAUAGAAUAUGUGUCAUCAUUUGAGAGAUAUGAAAUAAUUGAAUAAUUCAUUACUGGAGCCAUCUUGCUAGUAGAUGGUAGCCUAUGUGAUAUGUGCCAAACAUAACUAUGUGAUUAUAUUUAUUGAUCAAUUCAUGAUAUAAAGAUAAACAUGUAUGUGCCAUCAUGCAUUACUUGAGCUGCCCUACCAGUACAUGGCGACAGACAUACGUGCCCGAGAUGAAAGCUCUAUAGAAAUUUUUGUUUCAUUCAUUCAUUGUAUGAUGAUCAUGUAAAUAUAAUUGCUCAGUGCACAGUGCGCACACUGUUUUGAGUACUAAAUUCCAUAAGGGCAAGCUAUUGUCAAUGUGUUGUCAAAGGGGAAUUUUUAGAUGUUUAAUCUUUGUGAAACACCCCUUUGGAUGAACUUGUGAAGUGAAAACGAAGCCAGAGUUGAAUACGGUCUAUAUUUGACAAUUGGAGAACAACUCUCCUUUUUUUUUCAAAGACAAAGUAAAACCUGUUUUUUGCCAAUAUGCAUCAUGAUAUAAAUGUUAUAAUUGUAUUCAAUCUUUAUAAUAGCACUUUAUGUAAAUGUUUGUAAGUGCUUCAUAUUAUUAUCCCAGUUGUAGCAUGAUUAGUCACUGUAUUAACAGUGGCUGUAGAUCUGUCUUGAAAGUGGGGGGGGGGGGGCUGACCAGGCAAUAAAGCACAAUCAUGUAAUUUUUUUUGUACACUGUUAUUAAUAGAAGUUGGGAGAGGCCUUCAGCCCCUAGCCACCCCCCCCCCCCCCCCCCCCCGUUCUCUGCCAAUGAACAAGGCACUCAGCAUUCAAGGAGAAUUCUAACCUCUUGGUACCCCAUUCACUUCACCAGGGUGGAUAGUGGUAAAUGUGUAUAAAUGCUUUAUUUAUUCAUACCAGUCAAAAGACGGGAGAGCAAAGUACAAACAAAAUAAAUGGUUACAUAAUAAAGAACUAAAAAAUGACAGUUUGGGACCCCAAAGAAGCACAGCUUGUAAUCAGGGGGCCCCUGCAUAUGGUAUUUUACUCAAACAUGGAAUAACUAUGAGAGAAAAAAAUAUUUACAAGGUAUUAACAGAUUACAACAGAAACAUUACCCUCACGCAAGCAUACGCACACUCACACCCACACAGACAAACACACGCAUUCACACUCCAAAAAUGUCACCCCCCGGUCAACUGACAAUUGGUGGGUGUUUCAUAAAGCUGCUCGUAAGUUAAGAGCGACUUUAAGAACGACUGGUGAACCUUUCUUAUGCGCUUGAUCAUCGUCAAUGAAUAUACCAUUUCCCCCGCAUUUUCCACAAGAAAGGACUACCAGUCGUUCUUAAAGUCGCUCUUAACUUACGAACAGCUUUAUGAAACACCCACCUGGGGGGUGUUUCACAAAGAUUAAAGUAUGACCUAGAGUCGCACUUAAAUACCAAGUUGCGUACGGUAUGAAAGGCUUGACCGCAUUGGUCAGAUUGUGUCAUGAGGACGCGCACUAAUGCGUAUCUAUCAAUAAGAUCGCGCGUUGCAUAUCAUGUACGCUUCGGCAUUUAAGUGUGACUUAAGUCAUACUUAUAUCUUUGUGAAACACCCCCCUGGUCUUAAAUUUAUCAAGUAGGUAUUGAUGACAUAAUGCCCAAUGAUAGCCUAGUGUUGCAAUGGGAUUUGAACCCAUUGUCACAACUGUGGUAAAUGGUGGUGACUUUUUACCGGAUUGCUAAGGAGGCAUAAAUGCUUUUAAGCAAGCAACCAGAGGAAUAAGUGGAAUACACAAAUAAAGAGUCCCGUUCAAAAUUGAAAGGUAAAAGCUCAAUCUAUUUCUUUAUUAUAAAGUAAUGUGAAUGCCGUCUUUAAACUCUACUCUCACAUUCUCCAUGUGAGAUUCACUGGCGUUUGAACAAUAUUAAUUUAGAAAAUUAUUUUUUUUACAACAGGUCCACUCAGCUUCUCAUUUUUCCUUCUAGCAAGAUGAUGCAUUCUUAUCUUGAUGUAAGAUAAAGCAAUACGCUUGAUAAGAACAGAGAUAUGAUUAUUGUCAGCUUCACAAUCAAACAUAUGGUCAGACAGGGUAUUGAAGAUGACAUGGCAAUUGACCUCUCCUAGAACAGCAGAUGAAAUGGCAUUAAUAAGUCCAGACGCCUGAGGAAGGUCUCCUCUUGUUACAUUCAGUAACCUCUGAAAGCACUUCUCUGCUGUUUCACAUACUUUUGCAACGUCAAGAGAAGGUCUGACCAAACCACCUCUAUUUUUCUUUUCGAGCAAACUUCCUGGCAUGACCUCUCCUGUAGUUAAUGCAGCAAUGCACUCUUCGCAAGAAAGAUGAUUUUCUGACAUCUUUACAACAUAUCCAGCAAUAUAUGCUAUCACACAGUUCUUAUAAUCAGAAAGAGUAGAGACGUUGGGUGUAUCUGCGUAAUCAUGAUCCGACUCGAAAUGGGUUCCUUAAAGUCAGGUCAUACUUCCUCAUUAAGAGCAUGUCACUAUCAUUGCGUACAUUGGCAGCUCUUGUUGUUGCACUAGAAACAUGAAUGCUUGUCUUGGGCUAGGCAGUUCCCAUUAACUCCUUCAAUUCCCUGUCGAACAAGCAUCUUCCUGUAUGAUGUUGAGAAUUCUCUAGCAGUAGGAUUGUUGUUGCUACCCAAGGAUGACCACAUAGCACAGAAGAAAAGUUCUAGAUGGUCCUGACUCAUCUUAUAGGUAAGAAGAUACUUCAGUUUGCUUCUCAUACAUAUUCUGCACACUCUUUAUGCCAGCUAAGAAACCAAUGAAUGGGGUCUUCCGUGGAGUGGUGAACAUUUUCCUGCCACCUGCAUCAGUUAGCUUGGCGAUGUACUCAUAGGCAUCUGAUAUGAAUGGUUGCUACACGGGAUAAUUUGAUUGCUUAAGUGGUCCCUUAAGGCCUCUUGCUUUGGGGUUCCGUGAAUUGAGGACAUCGAACAGACUGUCGGUUGUGCAUAUGAAUUUGAUGGUGGCAUCACAACCUUGAAAUUGUGGAAGCCCUUGAUCUCUCAAAAACACAAUGGCAUCUGCAACGCUAGUGUUUAGUGUUUGAGCUGCCAAGUUCACUUUCAUUUUCUGUUUUUGCCACUCCAUAUGUGCAUUCUUCAAUUUGUUACCCAAUCGGAGCCCUUCGUCUUCUUGGAUAUUGUGAAGCUCUCUGAUGUACUGCCACUUGAUGAGUUCCUUUCAAUGUCCUUGAUAAUACCAUAUGAUACCAGAGUGUUCCUCAUCAAUCCGUUCUGUUUUAUAUAGUCAUUAUAGUCAAAGUUACUUUAGUUCGCAUUAGUUCUCAUUGUUUAUACCUUACUCCGAUUGAUGUUGUACUUCAAAUUUGACUAUGUAUUGUUUGAUUUUGUUGUGCUUUGUGAACGGAAAAUGAAUAAAUCUAAAAUCUAAAAUCUAAAAUCUAAAUCUAAAAAUAUGAGCAUAUGACAAAUAUCUAGGAACACCUGCACUUGAUGACUUGGAUUCUGCGGAUGUGGAAACGACAGUGAAAGGUCUGGAACUGUCAUCUUUGCUCCGAGUGUUUCCAGCAUACUGAAAUGGCACGAUGGGCCAUCACACGUGAGAGACCUGAUCCAUAUGCCAACAUCCGAUAGCUUGCUGAUGCGUUGCUGUACCAAAUUUGCUCUUUCCUGCCCAGUCAUUCCAUUAAUACAAAAAUAACCAACAGGAAUCUUCCAUGCCGCAUUCAGGGGGACAACCAUAAAUACAAGUGCCUCGGUAGCUAUGGGAUUGGAGUCAUCAUUGCAGUCUGUGCCCAUAUCAAUAUAUCCAUGGAAUUUUUUACCAUCCCACUGCACAUUUUUUUUUAUUGCCAUCUCAUCAAUCAUCAGACUACACACAAGUUCAUGUCCUUUCUCUUUAGCCACCUUGGCCUCAGCUUCAAGAGAGGAGAAAGCUUCCGCUGUGAAUCCUGGCUGCCCAUCUAUAGUAGAAACCUGAAACCUUGUCUGU